AUGGCGUCACAAGAUGAAGAAAGCUUCUCAGACGCCAAAUCUGUGCUGGGCUCCGAGCAGGGAGACUCCACAUCAGAAACCGACAGCGCCCAAAGUGGUUCCGAGAGCACGUACAUGGCAAAUACAAUAAAGCAACUAAUAAGCCUUGUCCUGGCAUUCUUUGCAGCUAGUGACGGUAUCGUGAAUGAAAAUCUGGUAGAGAGAUUCACCAAAGAGGUGCAGGUGCCUGAGGUGAGGUGCUUCUAUGGCUUCCAGAUUGCCAUUGAGAACAUCCAUUCUGAAAUGUACAGCCUCUUAAUCGACACCUAUGUGAAGGAUCCGCAUGAAAGAGAGCAUCUGUUCAGUGCCAUUGAGACCAUACCUUGUGUAAAGAAGAAGGCUGACUGGGCCCUAAAGUGGACCGGAGACGAGAAAAGCACUUUUGGGGAUCGUGUGGUUGCGUUUGCCGCUGUGGAAGGGAUAUUUUUCUCCGGGGCCUUCGCAGCAAUUUUCUGGUUAAGGAAAAGAGGACUCAUGCCGGGGCUAACUUUCUCUAAUGAGCUGAUCAGUAGAGACGAGGGUCUGCACGCCGACUUUGCCUGUCUUAUGGUCAGCUAUCUGAUCAAUAAGCCUAGUCAAGAACGCAUUCACCAGAUUAUCGACGAUGCUGUUAAGAUUGAGCAAGAGUUCCUGACGGAAGCUCUUCCUGUGAAGCUGAUUGGGAUGAAUCAAGACCUGAUGAAACAGUACAUCGAGUUUGUCGCGGAUAGGCUGCUGGGCGAACUCAUGUGCAGUAAGCUUUACAACAGCGAGAACCCCUUUGACUUCAUGGAGAACAUUUCUCUGGAGGGAAAGACCAACUUCUUUGAGAAAAAGGUGGGAGAGUACCAGAAGAUGGGGGUUAUGUCCUCCUCUGAACAGCAGAAGUUCACGCUGGAUGCUGACUUUUGAAAGUACAGAAUAAAAGAACGGAUAAAAAUCAAACGGUCAUUGUCAUCUUUAUCUUAUACGAUAGAGACUUAGAACCAGGCCAAAUAAGGACAUG